CAAACACAAUUAUACAAAAACAAAUAACAAGGAAAAAUAAUUAAAUUUACAAUAGUUGUUUAUACCUACAUAAUAGUUUAGUGGGGAUUAUGCAUUUAAUUCCGUACAGUGUGGUAUUUUUUUAUCAAUUGAAAUAUUGAAACAUGUUUCCAAAUAUGAACAGCAAUGUUCCAUUACAUAACAUAAGCUGUGUUUGGGGCCGUGGAAUAAGUGGUUAUACAAAUGUUCUUUCGAAGACCCCACAGAACAUUCAAAACAUUGCAAAGGUAACUUCACCUAUAAAUUUGGAAGUGCAGGACAUCAUAAACAUAUUUAAAAAAGGUAAAGACAACUUGUUUUCAAGUAAAAAACCGACAACAUCAAGAAUACCUGUUCAGCAGUUGUUAUCAAAAAUCACAAAAUAUGAUUUACUCUCAACAAAUGCAACAUAUUCAACACUGAACUUAAACUUUAGAGGACAAAAUAAUUAUUUACUCGCAAACACCAGACAUGCACAUUUGUUUAGUCAAAUUCAUGGAUUUCGAACAUUAAGGCCCAAUAAACCUCGAAAGAAUGAUGAAUCCACUGAAAAACAAAACAACUUUUUUGGAAUCGACUCACAGGUAAAACAAACCAUGAGAAACUUGAAAGAUUAUAACCAAAGCUUGGAAAAAGAGAAGUUGCCCCCUGAACAGCACCAGAGAGCGUUGCUUGCAUAUGUGGAGGGUUAUGUGAGUGGCAAAGAUACAGCAGGACAGAUGCCUUGGUGGAAAAAGUGGACCACAUUGUUAGGAUCACUUUUUUCAAUCGGCUCAUCACUGGUGCUUAUUUUAUAUUUAUAUUCACAUAUGAGCUCUUUAGGUUCUCUGUUUGAGUCACCGGAGUCAACAGAAUUUAUGGAGUUAAGUCAUAAAUUCAGUGAUGUCAAAGGAGCAGACGAAGCGAAACAGGAAUUGAAAAACGUUGUUGAGUUUUUGAAAAAUCCCGAAAAGUUUACUAAACUCGGAGGAAAACUACCAAAAGGAAUUCUUCUUGUCGGUCCACCAGGAACAGGCAAGACUCUCUUGGCAAAAGCUAUUGCUGGGGAGGCUGGAGUCCCUUUCUACAGCAAAUCUGGAGCUGAGUUUGAUGAAAUAUUUGUCGGCCUCGGAGCGAAGAGGAUUAGAGACCUUUUUAGACUAGCCAAGGAAAACACUCCAUGUGUGAUAUUCAUUGACGAAAUUGACUCUAUAGGAAAACAACGAACAUCGAGUGUUAUGCAUCCACACGCUAACGACACAAUCAACCAGUUACUGACAGAAAUGGACGGGUUUAAAAGCAACAGCGGAAUUAUCGUCUUAGGAGCAACAAAUAGGAGAGGUGAUCUAGACACAGCCCUCCUGAGGCCAGGAAGGUUUGACGUUGAAGUAAACGUUUCUGUCCCGGAUUACAAAGGUAGAACAGAGCUGCUCAAUCACUACUUGGGUCAAGUGCCCCAUGGUGAUAUCGAUGUAGAGAAAAUCGCAAGAGGAACAACCAACUUUACUGGAGCAGACAUAGAGAGCAUGGUGAACCAGGCCGCAUUGAGAGCAGCUUUGUUGGGAGCAAAACUCGUCAGUACAGAGCAUAUAGAAUACGCUAGAGAUAAGGCGUUGAUGGGACCGGAGAAACUAUCGAAAAUACUAGAUGAAGAAACCAACAAGAUCACAGCUUACCACGAGGGCGGACAUACUGUGGUGGCUUACUUCACAGAACACGCACAACCUCUGCACAAAGUGACAAUCGUUGCUAGAGGGUCUUCUCUGGGACACACGUCUUACAUCCCCAGCAAAGAUGUUUACCAUGUGACAAAGACGCAACUACUAGCCAUGAUCGACACCAUGAUGGGGGGCCGGGCCGCUGAGGAACUCAUAUUUGGAACAGAAAAGGUUACCUCUGGAGCAUCUAGUGAUUUGGAGAAAGCAACUGAUCUGGCUUCGGAGAUGGUUAAAAAGUGGGGAAUGUCAGAGGAAGUGGGGUUAUCGAGUUACAGCAACCGGACCCUGAUGAGUCCUCAAACUGCAAAUCUGAUAGAUGCAGAGGUUAAAAAAAUCCUGAAAGAAUCUUACGAAAGAGCUAAAAACAUCCUUAUCACUCACAAGGACAAACAUAGAGAGCUGUCUGAAGCUCUUUUGAAGUAUGAAACACUCGAUGCGGAUGAGAUUAGUUUAAUCAUGGAAGGCAAGACUAUUAGGAAGCCGCAACAGAAGUAAAUCUUAAUCGGUGGAGUAAGAAAUUAUAAAUUAUAUAACUAGCUAUUGUGUCACAAGUGUUUUGGAGGUUAGUAUAAAUACUAAUCAUAUGAACAAAAAUAAAUUGAUUAACCCUGCAA